AUGUAUACUGUUUAUACCUCAUAAAAUGGUUCAAUUGCUCUUAAUAACUGCUUAACUUUACCCCAUGACACUCUACUGAAGGUUGUCCUGUGUUCAAGGAACAUCUUCUCAUACACUCCCGUGCUAAUCACAAACAUUUAAGCAACGCGCUCUCCUUCAAAGAAAGGUUCUCCCAAUAAACAAUGGAAGGGCUAUAAGAAAAUUCUAAGAGGAGAAGCCGAGGCCUAAUUGCCAAUGUCCUUCUAUCCUGUGUACGAACCUCAUCGAUAUAAUAUUUCAAACGAUGGAGACUAUGUGUUUGAGAUCAAAUGUCGGCAAUUAGGUCCAUGUUUUCUCAGAAUAAUUUGGUUAGAAUUUGAGGAUCGAAGGAUUCAUGAAAUGGAAUAGCCCUUUAAUUUUUUAGUUUGGACUCCGUUGAUGUUCAAUCUCAAAGAUUUAACUAUUUAGACAGUAUUACCAAAUUUAGUAAGAAAAUGGGAUUUGGAUGGGUUUUAAGCCUUUCAUUUGUGUCCAAUACAGGAAGUAUCUCAUAGUCUGUAUGCGAUCAAGGAUCAUUUGAGUAUAAAAUACUUCCAUAAUUUCGAGGAACUUCAAAAAUUUAUUGAAUCAUCUAAAAAGAUCUUUUUUAUAGAUGUUGUGUUGAAUCACGUAGCAAAGGAGAGUGAAUGGUUGAAUGAUGAAGAAUGUGUAUACAACGAAAGAACUGUUCCGCAAUUGAGAUCAGCUCUGGAAUUGGACUUGGCUUUGUCAGAGGUAUAAAAAUAUGAGGACAUCGAAAAGGUGAUAAAGGCAUUCAAAAUAGAGGAAUACUUUUAAAUUGAUCUACAGAAAAUACAUUGGGGAGAGUAGACAACUUAAAAUGCUAUUAAUGGCGACGAAGAUGAUGACGAUAAUAUAUUUAUGGAAUCAUUUCAGGAGAAAAACAUAAAAUUGCUAGAACAAUAUUUGUCGAAUUUUGGAGUAUCGAGAUAUGGAGUGACUUUUGAUUUCAAGAGAUUGUAGCAAGAAUUGGGAGCACAGCAAUUAACUAUCAGUCAAAUUAGGAAGAGUUUAAAAUGUAUUAAUGAAAAAUAAUUCAAAAGGGCUAAGUAAUAUGAAACUGAAUCUAUAGUUAAUAAUCAAGCACACUAUAGUAAGUAUGGAUAUGUUCAGAAGUACUUCUACAAGUUAAAGAAUUGGUAUGCUGCCUAUAAUGGGUAUGUUGAUAACAUUGAUCCCGAAGAAGAUUUCGUAACCAGCCAAAAUUUCCAUUAUCUCAGGCACACUAUUAACAAAUGGAAUGUUAUUAAAUUGCGGUAUGGCAACAAACAAGACACCCCUCUAUUGUUGAAUCGAAUGAAAUAGUACAUUUGUCAGAUGGCUCGUUAUUUUCAUGGUAUCCGAUUAGAUAAUUGUCAUGGAACACCUUUGAGAGUUAGUUAAUACUUACUGAAGCAUGCUAGAAUUGAGAAUCCUAAAUUAUUGGUGUUUGCUGAAUUGUUUGGUUGUUCAUAUGAGUAGUAAAUUAAGUAUAUGAGUAAAUUAGGAUUGAAUGGAUAAGUGGACGAAUUAUUUUAUUGUAGAAAUGCUCCCUCUAUCGUUCAUAAAUUAUAAAGUUGUACUUACAUCCAACAUAUCUCAGGACCAUAAAGACUCAUAUAUGAUUAAACACAUGAUAAUUAGCCACCAAUUGUCAAAUCUUAAGGUCCAGGCUUUUUAAUGUCUCUGGUGACAGCCUUAUCUUUUAGCAAUCAAUUUAAAGGAACUACCAAAUUAGUGGAUGAGUUCCAUGAUUAACAUAUUAGUUGUGUUUAUGAAAAACGAUUGUACCCACAAACUAAUCAACAGACUGAAUAUGUAGAAAGAAGACUUAUCACUUUCAUGUGGAAACAUACUACUUCAAUUUAAUGUGGUUUGAAUUAGCUAAAAGGACUUCCAAACAUUGUUAAAUUAAAAGGUUCAUUUGAUAACUGGUAAAAGGAAUACUUUCUUAAAAAUGAAUUAGAAAACCCCAAUUAUUUCACUUGUCAAAUAGAAUUAUCACCUGGAACAUAUGAAUAUAAAUAUAUAGUAGACGAUGUAUGGAUGAUUGACGAAAAUCAAUUAACCAAUCAUAUGAACAAUAUCAUUGAUAUCAAACCCAUAGAGGUCUACAAAUCAUUAACUUUCAUCCGCUAACUUGCUUAAGAUUAUUAUAAAUACACCUAUUUGGAAUCAAUACAAGAAUAAAUCAUACUCAUUACUAGAUGUUAAGAGGAUCAUUCAUUCAAUCAAAUCAUUCUAAUUUGCUUAAGACCUGUCUUCCAUAAAAUCAAGCUCUAUUCCAAAAUAUCAAAAAUCUUGUAUCAAUAUUCAUUUCAAUUCAGUGGAAAAGAAUCCUCGAAUUUAGAAGAUGAAAUCAAAGUGAAAGAGCACUACAUAGACAUUACUACUUCAUAUGCCUCAAUCAACGAGAACAUGAUAUGCAUAGACACACCAACUUCUUAUGUAAUCAUUUUAAAUUGUGAACCUUUAAAAGAGGUUCAAGAGUUGAAUCUGUUUCUCUUAAGACCCUUUGAAUGUGCUGAUGAUUUGAACCUUCUGUACUAGCCUCUGAUAAAUCAUUAUGAAGUACCAGGAUGUGGAGUGCUCUCUUAUUCUGGAUUAUAUGGAGUGUUGAGAUAUAUCAAUAAAAUUGAAACCCUCAAGGAUCCAUUCAUCAGGCAUAUUCAAGAAGGUGAUUGGCUUAUCGAUUAUUUAUCAAGUACCCAUACUUGUUUGGUACCAAUACUAAGAAUAAUCAAAUCAUUGCCCUCCAUAUUUAAACCACAUUAUUUUAUUAAAUGCAUAAAGCACAUCGUUUAAAGUAUUGAAGAUAAAUACACUCAACACAGUGAGAUUUUCUUUAAAUAAAUUGAUAUCUUAUCUACUUAUUUUACUCUCUAUGAUUUUGUUAAAGGUCGAGAAACCUUUAUGAGUUUCAAGGGCAUCUUAAUUUUGACAAGUAAGACUCAAAAUUUAUUUUAGAUAAGGCUGUUGAGGCCAAGGCUCUGAUUGUUAAGUAUGGCAAUUUAAUGUAACACGGUCUAAUUCCUAAUUCAUUAAAACCCCUAAGGUAUAACACAAGAGACACUUGUUUUUGGUGGAUCAAAUCUAUCCGUGAUUAUGUAAUAUAUACAGAUGACUUUUCUAUCAUUAGUUUAUUACAAGAAUAAAUUCAAUCCAUCUUUUAAUCUCAUGCUACAGGUAUCUCAUUUAAGGAAAUACUUGCAAAUGACGACACAGACAAAGAAGUAUUAUUAUGCAUUAUAAUAGGGUUUGCUUGUCGAGCUUAAACUGGAUUCAGAAACAGGAUUCAUUAUGGGAGGAAAUCAUAAGAAUGCCUUAACUUGGAUGGAUAAAAUAGGAUCAGGCACCUUAAAUAAAGGAUAUCCUGCUGCAUCCAGAGAUGGAGCACCUAUUGAAUGUACGGCCUUGUUAAAAGCUUGUCUUGAUUUCAUUGGGAAGAUGCAUCAAAUGAACAAAUAUCCAUAUCCAGGAAUCAAGUUAAUGAAUAGGAUGGUUACUUGGAGAGCAUGGUCAGAUUUUAUUUGUUAGCAUUUUGAAAAGAGCUAUUAUAUUCCUUUGGACUCGUGUUAUUAUAAUGAGUAUUAGGUUAUUGAAAAAUAUGUAAGGAGAAAAGGAAUCUAUAGAGACAUCUUUAAAUGUUCCAAACCAAGAUCUGAAUACUAGUUGAGACCCAAUUCUUGUAUUGCCAUUGCAUUGGCUCCAGAAUUGUUUUAAAAAAAUCAUGUGGUGCAUCACUUAGCCUUGAUUGAAUCUACUUUGAUGAGUCAGAACUCACUUGGUUUAAGCACUCUGGAUCCUAUUGCAAGUGAAUACAGUGGUAAAUAUCUUCAAUGGACAGAACAUUUCAAUGUUUAAGAUGGAUUCUCCAUUCACAAUGGAUCUGAAUUUAUUUUCUUACUUGGAUAUUAUCUGAAAGCAUUACUAAAAAUCCAUAAGCAAGAUAUCAAGAAAGAAAUAUUUUAUGCAUAUCUUGCUCCUAUCAAGCAACACUUAAAACAAUAGUAAAUGCAAUCUAUUAUAUUAGUUAUUCUUUACCUGACUUCACUGACCAUAAUGGCUAGAUAAGUGAAUUUGCUCAUAAGUCUUCAAUAUUAAGCAUAGCUCUUUUAAAAGAAGCCAUAUUUGACUUAGAAGAGUUUAGUUAAAAGUAUUAAAAAUGA